AUGCCCUGGACCAUGAAGCCCUCUCUCUGCUGGGCCCUCCUUCUCCUCUUCAUCUUAUUUUUGGGAGCCCAUAGCCAAAACAAUCCCCCUAGAAGGCGACCUAAACCCAGGCCCAAACCCAAGCCAACACCUCGAUUCCCUCCUGCUGGUUUCAGAGAGCCCUCUGAACCAACAGACCUUCCUCCUCCCCUCCCCCCGGGACCCCCAUCCAUCUUUCCUGAUUGCCCCAGAGAAUGCUAUUGUCCCCCAGAUUUCCCUUCAGCCCUGUACUGUGACAGUCGCAACCUACGAAAGGUACCAGUCAUCCCAUCCCGAAUUCACUAUCUUUACCUUCAGAACAAUUUCAUCACAGACCUCCCCAUAGAGUCCUUCAAGAAUGCCACUGGCCUGAGAUGGGUCAACCUAGACAACAACCGAAUCCGCAAGAUAGACCAGAGGGUGUUAGAGAAGCUGGAGAGUUUGGUCUUCCUCUACAUGGAGAGGAACCAGCUCCAAGAGGUCCCUUCAGCACUGCCCCGAAACCUGGAGCAGCUGAGGCUCAGCCAGAACCAAAUCAGCAAAAUUCCCUCAGGGGCUUUUAGCAAACUGGAGAACCUGGUGCUCUUAGACCUGCACCACAACAAGCUCAGUGAUGGGGUCUUCAAGCCGGACACCUUCCAAGGCCUCAAGAACCUCAUGCAGCUCAACUUGGCCCACAACAUCCUGAGGAAGAUGCCCCCCAGGGUCCCCACAGCCAUCCACCAGCUCUUCCUGGACAGCAACAACAUUGAGAACAUCCCCAAUGGCUACUUCAAGGGCUUUCCCAACCUCUCUUUUAUCCGGCUCAACUACAACCAACUGUCUGACAAAGGGCUCCCCAAGAACUCCUUCAACAUUUCCAACCUGUUGGUCCUCCACCUGUCUCACAACAAACUUAGCCAUGUACCAGCCAUCAACAACCGGCUGGAACACCUGUAUCUCAACAACAAUGAGAUUCAGAACAUCAAUGGGACCCAGAUCUGCCCCAACAACUUAGUUGCAUUCCAUGACUUCUCCUCUGACUUGGAAAAUGUGCCACACCUCCGCUACCUUCGAUUAGAUGGGAACCAGCUGAAGCCUCCUAUCCCACUGGACCUGAUGAUGUGCUUCCGGCUCCUGCAGUCUGUGAUCAUCUAACUCCCACCUUGAUGCCAACUGGACUUCUCUGAAGAGACUUGAAUACAUCUCAGUCAGGGGUGGCUAUGCUGCCACUUCCUGGCUUGCUCCAUUGCCUUUUCUACCUUCUCUGAGCUUAUCCUUUCUCCACUCAUGUAGGGUACCCUUUGGAAUAAAGGAGGACACUUCCUCGUCCCUUGUACUUCACUUCCCUCAUAUGGGAAUAUGAAGUUGAAGAACUUACUGUUGCCCUACAAGGUUCAAAGAACUGCCCCUCACACAUAAACCCCAACCCCAAACUUCUUGCCAGAUGUAGCCUCCUUUUUUCUAGGAGUUUCUUCCCUUACCUGGAAGUAUCAAAUUAUAUAUGCUUUACCUAACCUCCUUCUUUUUUUCCUCUGCCCUCACUCCCUUCCCCACCUCACCAUCCCAAUAAUGAUCUGACCUGUGAAAUGGCAUCCAGAUUAUUAACCUUGAUCUAGGAAAGAAGAUGUGUCUUCCCAAAUAGGUGUACUUAACAUCUUUUAUAACUGGCCAUCAAUCAGCUCUGGCCCAGGAGAGAGAAGAAAUUUUUAUCCCAUUAUCUCCUCUCAUUGCUUCCUUCUUUCAGGAUUAUUUAGGGUUUCUGCAGCCCCAGCUAUUUCCUCUUCCCCUCCCAGUUGGCAUCAUGCCCAAAAUGGGAAGGCAUUUGCCACAUUGCCAUAGCAUCUUCUUUAAUGAAAAGAAGGUGAAAAAAUGGCUAAGAACUUCUCCUAGAAAGAAGAAAUAGCAAGAGCCAGUCUCAGGCAAUUUCAUAUCUUCCUGGUUAGCUUUUGCAAAGAGCACAGUCUCUGUCAUGAAGUCAGUUGAGGAUCUGUUUGCACUUUCUGAGAACUGUAGACUAGAAGCUCCUUUCUCCUCCCAUAUGUAUAUACUUUCACACUUUCAAGUGUGUUGAGAAUGUGUAAGAACAGAGAAAGAGCAGUGAGUAGAGGAAAAGGGAGGUGGGAGGAGAGAAUUAAAAAGUAUUUAGAUGGAAUGGGGUGGUGGGGUUGGGCAAAGCAGAGUACAGGAAUAGAAAUGGGAUUUGUAUAAAAGCAGAGUUCCAAAUCCCUUUUGACCACCCAUAGAGGGAUUUCUAAUGCCUUUAAAGCAUUAAGUUCUCACAAAAUUGGGCUUGGUCAUUCACCACUGCCAGUUUUAUCAUCUGGUAUCUGUCUAUGUGAUUCUGAAUUAGCCAAAUUAGCAACCGGAGACUGCUACCACCAACCCAAUAUUUCUACUGCUCAGUAUAUAGCAGAGAAACUAGGGAGAAGGGGAAGGACAACUGGAUGCUUCCCAGAAGCCUCUUCCAUCAUGUGGAAAUGUACCUCCCUGUCUAAGCUGAGACACAUUACUGACACCUAGUGGCCAGUGGAGAUCAGCUCUGUAAAUUUCAUUUUUCCUUGACUUGGUGCACUCGGUCUAUUUCUUGUUCUUCGUCAUGGUCAAUAGAAACUCUGGUGAUGUGUUUGUUUGUUUGUUUGUUUUAGAAAGGUGCUAGCCAGGGACAACUUCUAACUUCAAAGAGACAGAGGGGCAUAUGUAUCAUAGCCUUCCUCCGUGCCCACCUCUUGGAAAGACAUGGGAAUCUUGGAGCACUGGCUUUUUCUGCUUAUGAUUGUCAUAAGAAACACCACAGAGGAAUGGUGUCUAGAAUUAGAGCCAGGUUAUGGCAACAACUUCCAGGUCAGAGGUACUUGAACAGCCCAUGGAUUCUCUCCUCCCAGUAUUGAUCCUAUAACUCGAGCUGGGAAUCUGAGACCUCCAGUUUGGAAUCCACUUUUUCAAUCUGUUUCAGGAUCUAUUUUGAGAACUCAUUAUAAAAAUCCAAUUGGGAUCAGAAGGAAACUAAUUAAAAAUCUUAUCCUUACCCUCUUAUGUCUAAUUUUCCAAUGGGAUAGGUCCUAAGCUUCCAUUCCCCUUCUCAGUAAUUUAUUCCCUCUUCCCUUACCUAAUAACCAUGUUCUACUCUGAGAGCCUCUCCCCCACUUUCUUUCCCUUCCAUUCCUUUCUUUUUGCCUGGCAUUCAGGUUAAAGUCCUUGGCUGGUCUUCAAGGUAUACCUGGGCUGUUGACAAGAGUACCUCAGUCUUCCUUCCUUUGGAGAAGGUCCUUCUUUCCUGGUCAUUGCUGUCUCUUCUAGGUUUCCUGUUAGAUGAUCAUGCUCUACUUUUUUAUUACAAAGCUAUUUCCCAUUUUGUCACAUUACUCCAAAAUAGGCUUAUGUCAUUAUGCACAUGGAUCUCUCAUUUUCUCUGUUCUUCCACCCCCACCAUGUCCUGAACUCCUUCUUUCAAAUGAUGUCCCAUGUACACUUGGAAAAUUCUCUUCUCUUUUAUAGGUAGAAUAUUUCUAAUCUUCCAGGACCAAACACUACCAGUUAUUCCUUCUUCCCACAUCUAUGGUAUUGCUUACCCAGAGUUAUUUCUUUAUCCAUCCUUUCUCCUCCAUUUGAUAAAAGGAAGAUUACAUUUUUAAUCUCCUUAGUGACUUCCUCUUCACUAAAAGAUCCCAUCAGUGAAGCUUGUGGCAGAAUUAUCAUUUCAAAUUGCUUAGGCAAGAUAUUUUAUCUCUUCAGGAUUUGUUUUAAUAAAAAUCCAUGAAUUGGAGAAAAUCAGAAAAGUCCUCUAGUCCAACCACUAUGUCAAGAUCCCAUAACUUCUGUUGUAGGAGCACCUCAAGAAGGUGUUGUCAAGAAAGCAUCUGUCUUUGACCUUAUAAAAGAGUCAUUAUCCCUCAACUUUGUCUUUUAAAGAACUUGAAGAACAAACUGAUGCACCAUUCCAUGAAGGAAUGGAUCACACACAUAUAGGGAAAACGAUUUAGGAAACACUGGACCUACCAUCUUCAAGUUGCACUAUUCUUCCACAGAGAUCUCAUUUGAUGCUCUUCUCCUUCCUGUCAAAACAAACCAACUGUGUAGCUAUUCAUUUUCUAGCCAUGGUAGUAAGACUAUUCAUUUAGUUAUACUAGUCCUGCAGGCAGCCUCAAAGUUGAAAAGAGACUAAUCAGAACUACUAACUUCUUUAGCCUGCAUUUCAACUACUCCACCUUCUUGAUUAUGGUGGUUCACCUUACUGAAAGAUAAAUACCUUUUUUAAGAUCCCAGGUCCAUCUUCCCUUCGCUUGAAUACAUCUGGUGACAGAGAACUGAAUACCCACUUUUCAGAUAGCCCUAAUUGCUUGGAAAUUCACCUUCUAUUGAGCUGUUCUGCUUCUUCGUAAUAUCUGUGGAAUCCUAGUCUUGCUCUCUAGGACCAAAAAGAAUAAAUCCAAUCCCUCUUCCCCAUGACAAUCCUUCUAACAUUUGAAAAUAGUUGCUUUCCCCCCCAAAUCAUCUUCAGUCCAAACAUCACUAAUUUCUUCAAGUUUUCUUCAUUACAAUAUCAUUUUGAAUCUUUCUCCUAUCCCUGGGUAUACCUCUCUGUACACACUAUAGUUUGCUAGUGUACCUCUUUAAAUUUGUCACCCAGAACUGAACCUGUUGUUUCAAAUGUGAUCUGACAAGAAAAGAUUAGAGCAGGACUUUCUCUGCCCCUCUUCUGGGCCCCAUCUUCUCUUGAUGCAAUCCAAUAUCCUAUCUGCUUUUUUGACUACCUUAUCAUUUCAUUGACUCUCAAUGAGUUUGCCAUUCACUGAAUCUCCAAAUCUUCUUCAUGUGAGCUGCUCUUCACAUGCCUGCUGCAUUUUGUAUGGAAAUGUAAGACUACAUUUUUCUCAAUUAAAUUUCAUGUUAGAGUUGAUAUAUUAUCACAGUGUCUUGAGGUCUCUUUGUCUCUGAAUUUUUUAAAGCAAUGCAUUUGCUUUCCCUCUCAGCUUCAUAACCUCAGCAAAUUUGGUAAGUAUACCAUCUAUGCCUUUCUUCUUAUAAAACUAUUGAACCCAACAGCACCAAGGACAGAUUCUUCUAGCAAGCUACUUAAAAGUUUUCUUCCUGUGUUGACAUCAAUUCAUUAAUCAACACUCAUUAGGUCUGGUCUUUCAGUCGGCUAUGAAUUCACCUAAAUGUUCUUUAGUGAGCCCACACAUUUCUCAAUCUUGUUCACAAGGAUAUCAUCAGACCCUGAAAUCCAGAUAUGUUGUAACUAGUAUAUUCUCCUGAUCUCUCAGUCUAUUUAGUAACCCUUUCAGAAAAGAGAAUGAUGUGAUUUGUUCUUAGUGAAUCCAAACUUGGCUCAGCUGACAGAACAAUCCAUUUAAUAAACUGUUCUAUAAUUCUGCCAGGCCCCUAUCACUGCACUCAUUGGCCUAUGGUUUUCAAAAUCCACUUUUUUGGAAAAUUGAGACAUUUGAGUAUCUCUUAUUAUAGCACUUCUCCUAUUCUUCUUGAUUCAAAGACCAUUAUUGACAGUCACACACACACACACACAAGAAAUGUAGAUCCUCUGGGAUAUAACUAUGCAACACAAAUCUAUUUUCUUAUUUGUAAAAUUAUGAGAUUGGACUAAAUAAUUUCCAGUGCUAAUAUCUACCCAUUCUAGAAUCUACUUUGACUGGCUUUUAAAUAUUCCUUUGGCUAGAUCUGUGAAAUAGGAUGAUGGGGUUUGAAAAUUCUAGAACAUAUAUAAUGUUAGAACUGCAAGGGACCUUAGAGGUCAUCUUGUCCAUCUCCCUUUUUUUUUUUUUUUUUUUUUUUGCAGAUGAGUAAACUAAGAGAUGAAAUGUCCUACCAACAUAGUUAGUGAUAGAACUAGGACUGGAAAUCCCAGGCUAGUAUUCAUUAUUAUACCACACUUCCCAUCUUUUCCAUCCCCUCCUGCCACUGUUACGCAUUUCUUGGUAGCUUUGAUAUAAGCAACCCACAUUUUCUUGUGAUACGAGGAUAAACUUCUAUAAUAGUAAAUCUUCUGAGCUGUAUCUGUGCCCAUUCCUUUCAGCAUAUGGUCCUCUCCGUGUAACUUCUGAAAAAUGUUUCUCAGUGAUAAAAAUGCCUUAUUCUCUUUCACCAUCAUUAUUCCAUGGUGUGUCCUGGGUGACAUUCAUCCUAACCCCCAGCUCUGUUGUCCAAUAGGGCCCUACCCUGAAUGAUUGUAUGGGAAAGGCAGAGCCUGGUAGAGUAGAAGAGAGGCUAUGAAGGAGAGGGAUGUGACUGUUCUGUGAAGCCCUAAAUGUGAUGAGGGACAUAGGCCACAGAGGAUGAGGACACAUUGAGUUGUAUAUAUAGAACAUGCCUAUGACAGAGAGAAAACAAAUGGAAGUUAAUGUUGUGAAUAGCCUAUCUUAAAUCAAUAUCUAUUUAUCAGAAAGACCAGACACUGUAUUCAUGCCACUGAACUGAACCCUAAGAGAAUAGGAUAAUUAAAGAGAAUUCACAAAACUUGGUCCCUGCCUCAGAGAAAUUUCCAAAGUAUCUUCUUUCUCUCUCUUCUUUUUAUCUCCAUCCCCUGUCCUGUAAGUCAAAUUCAGGUGCCAUUUCACAGAAGAUUUCUUAUCCUGGCUUCCCUUCGUGGAUUCAAAUCUAUUCUUCUGCCUCCAACAAGUUCAUCCUAGACUACUGUGCUUAUCAGCAGCCUGAUGCUAUGGUUAGGUCAAGGUCCUUCCUUUAUAUAUUCUUUGAAACCUCUGGCCCUCAAGUAAAGCACAAUUCCCAUGGUCCCUAGGCGGAGGGAAGGACAGAUCUCUGCAUGCCUCAUGCAAAUCAGAGCUGAUUGAUUUGAGCAUAAACAUAAGCCUCAUGGCACUGUGCUCCUCCUCCUCCUCUUCUUCCUCCUCCUCUUUGUCCUUCCCUCCCUCCCUCCCUCCUCUUCCUCCUCCUCCUCCUCCUCGUCCUUCUCUUCCUCUUCCUCCUCCAUGAUCUGUGCCUUUGCUCCCAAUGGCAGUUGUAAGCUGCACAGCCUCAGAGAUAAGCAGGCUCUAGAGGCAAUCACAUCUAUUGCUUUCCCUCAGAUAUCUUUAAUUUCCACAUCCUCAUUGACAAAAGCCUCUGUGCUGUAAAUAUACAAAUAUAACAUAUGCAUGUACUUAUCCUCUGUACGUGUAUCUAUUUUUGAUGGUCUUGCUAACUUUGUGAAGCUCUUUUCCCUUCUCGGCUUCUAUAGGAGUGAAAAUAAAUCCGUAUGAAAGGAAA